AUGCAUGGUGUAAGAAGCACAGUCUCUCAAGGAAUGUAUGAUUUCCAGGAUGCAACUCAUCACUGCAGUCUGUUGGAUUUAGCUGCACAUGGCCCUCGGUUCACUUGGACAAAUAAAAGAGAAGAAGGUCUGAUAUCGAAGAAACUUGAUCGUGUUUUGAUCAACGAUCACUGGCUUGGAUCAUACCCUCAAUCGUAUAGUGUUUUCGAAGCUGGAGGUUGCUCAGACCACUUGCGUUGUCGGUUCCAGUUAAGCUCCGCAUUGACUAGGCCAAAGAGACCAUUCAAAUUUGUCAACGCAGUUGCAGAACUUGAAGGCUUCAAACCACUAAUGGAGGAUCACUGGCAAAGUACAGAGCCUAUAUUCUUGUCAACCUCUUCUCUGUUUCGCUUCUCAAAGAAGUUGAAAGCCCUUAAACCAAAAAUCAGAAUUCUAGCAAAGGAAAAAAUGGGUAAUCUCUCGCUGAAAGCAAAAGAAGCGUACGAGAAUCUAUGUACAUGCCAGGAGGAGACCAUUAGAAAUCCAACGCAAGGAAACUUGGACAGGGAGAAUAGUGCUUACGCACAGUGGGAUCACGUUGCUAGACUGGAAGAAGGGUUUCUUAAGCAAAAAUUCAAGUUGCACUGGCUGAAGGUAGGAGACAAGAAUAACAAAGUUUUUCAUCGAGCAGCAACAACUAGAGAUAUCCACAACUCGAUCAAGGAGAUAAGAUGCAGAGAUGGUAGGAUCGUAAAGCAACCAGAGGAAAUAAAAGAAGAAUUUUUUCAAAGAAUUUCUUCAGCACGUACCAUCAGAUUUCGAGGCUGUAGAUGUGAGCAAACUUCGAGACUUACUGCCAUUCAGAUGUUCAAAGUCUGUUCAACACAAUCUUACAAAAGAGGGCCUGAGUUCAUUAUCUCGAUUCAGUCUUUCUUCGCGACAUGUUUUUUACCAAAAGGAUUAAAUACAACGAUCCUGACCUUGAUACCAAAGACAACAACUGCUCGUGAGAUGAAGGAUUACAGACCUAUAUCUUGCUGCAACGUCAUCUACAAAGUCAUCUCCAAAAUCAUAGCUAAUAGGCUAAAGAUCACUCUACCAGACUUUAUUGAGUUAAAUCAGUCCGCGUUUGUGCAAGGCAGACUUCUCAUUGAGAACUUACUCCUUGCUACAGAGCUUGUGAAAGAUUAUCACAAAGACACCAUAUCAUCCCGAUGUGCUCUAAAGAUUGAUAUCUCCAAAGCGUUUGACUCGGUGCAAUGGAGCUUUCUACUCAAAACCUUGGAAGCUAUGGACUUUCCGCCAAUGUUCAUACACUGGAUCUCUAGAUGUAUAACAACAGCAUCAUUCUCUGUCCAAGUUAAUGGUGAACUUGCUGGUUAUUUUCAGAGUACGCGAGGCCUACGACAAGGUUGUGCUCUGUCGCCUUAUCUCUUUGUCAUCUGCAUGAAUGUUCUAACAAAACUGCUUGAUAAAUCGGCCAAUGAGAAUAACAUGGGAUAUCAUCCGAGGUGUAAGAACCUUGGGUUAACUCAUCUAAGCUUUGCCGAUGAUAUAAUGGUCUUUACUGAUGGUAGAGUCAGAUCCAUUGAGAGUAUUUUGGACGUGUUUGAUUACUUUGGAAAGAUAUCGGGACUGAAAAUCAGUAUGGAGAAGACUACAAUAUAUUAUGCAGGGAUGUCUGUUACUGAGACGGCCCAACUGGAGCAGCGGUUUGCAUUUGCUUCUGGAAAGUUACCAGUACGUUACUUGGGUUUACCUUUACUCACUCGGCGUAUGGGGAAAGAUGAUUAUGGUAUUCUCAUUGACAAGAUAAGAAACCGUAUCACUCAUUGGACGAACCGUUUUUUAUCUCAAGCGGGCAGGCUUCAGCUUAUUGGAUCGGUCCUUCUCAGCAUUGUCAAUUUCUGGAUGGCCGGAUUUAUUUUACCAGGAGCAUGCAUCAAGGAAAUAAAUAGCAUUUGCGCAGCCUUCCUCUGGUCUGGACCUACUCUGAACACAAGGAAAGCUAAAGUUGCGUGGGAGAUUGUAUGUCGAAGGAAGUGUGAUGGGGGUUUAGGUCUCCGGUCUUUGAAAGAAGUUAAUCAGGUAUGCUGUCUGAAGCUUAUCUGGCGGACAGUAUCUUCACAAGGAUCUCUGUGGACUAAGUGGACAAAGACGAAUCUGUUCAAAAACGUUUCCUUCUGGUCUAUUAAAAAUACUACUACGAAAGGCUCGUGGAUGUGGCGUAAAUUGGUGAAGCUUCGAGACAAAGCAAAAGAUUUCCACAGGAUGAAAGUAGGAGAUGGGAAUAAUACCUCUUUCUGGUUUGACUCUUGGUCCAGCAUGGGUAGACUGCUUGACUUGUUUGGCACGCACGGCUGUAUCGAGAUGGGAAUACCAUUGAAUUCAACGGUGGCAGAAGCACUGAGAAAUCGUAGGAAGCGACGGCACAGGGUUGAUAUCUUUAAUGAAGUGGAGAAGCUUUGUGAGGAUCAAGGGUUGCAGCUUACAGGAGACGCUGACUCUGCUCUUUGGAAACAGAGUGAAGGACAGUAUAAAGCCGGUUUCAAGACCAAACAGACUUGGGAUCUUAUUCGAAAAGAAUACCAACAGCUACUCAGCAGAGGUCUGGUCGAAACUGGUACGGGGGUUGCUUCGGGGCUCUUUUACUAA